AAUGGUGUUCUCGUCAGUUAAGCAGCAGCAACAUUGACAUAAAAUUAAAGUUAGUAGCCUACCCUAUUUUCUCGAAAAUAACCGUAUAAUACGCACACUGUGUACACGAGGGGGGCAUGUGAAGUACACGAUUUUGCACACAUGCGGGUUGUUGAAUAACCAACACCCCUCGAUCUGACGCAAGUCUUGUAGCGAGGCUCCACAUAACGCUGGGUAAAUUGAGCCAUUCAGAGUCAAAUUCGGGCUCUGGCGUUGCUUAACCCCUCUUUCAGCACACCAAAGUGAUUUUAGUCGGCGUUAAUCGUAAGGUCUGCAUUUAAAAGGACCACAAGAGUCCCAAAAGAAAGUCUGCGAUGGCUUCGACACCCUCCGCUUCAGCGCUGUCAGCUGUCCUCCGGUGUCAGGGGAAUAUCCUCGCCCGAAAACAGGCGAACAAGAAGCGGCCUCCAGCCUCAGUGUGCGGGCUCGGGAUGACAUGUGGAGACUCGGUCAAGUCUUGUUUUCGCUCUCUAUGGGGAUUCAUAUUUCACAGGGAGCGGGUGGAUGUUCUCGGAGUUUUGUCCGUUUCAGCGCGAUUUGAAACGGGCUGUUCGGGUAAAUCUUCGAGAAGAAAUCAAUCCAAAGAUCUUCUGGUCAAAAUAAGCUCCCUAAACACUGACAACAAAAUGUUAACUGUGAAAGUAUCAAGUGAACCAAAUCAGUGGCCAAAGAAGAAACUGACGUCGGACAAUACUUUUGCUUUUAAAUCCCAACCUUGUAGUGUUUUAUUCAAAAACACACUGGUUCUUCGACUGGAUGGCUCUUAUUUACGAAAACUAAACUCAGAUUAUCCAUGCACUUGCUGCAUUUGUGUAGUUUGCGCUCGGAGUAAGAGCACGCUGAAGUACAGUGAUAUGAAUCCAUUGUUUUCUCUUGGCUUAUUGUGGAUUUUAAAGAAUAAACUCAUAUAUUUAUCCACCGCAGUGUCAGACAGUGUGCGGAAACUUGGAAUUGGCUGGAACCAGCUUCAUCCGGAUUGUGAUAAGUUUAGUGGAUGUGUCAGAUGUGCAUCUGAACAUCACGAGGAUCGACCUAAGACACUGGAAGGAGCUGAACCUGGGGAAUGAGUCGUCUUCUAAAGACUAUGGAGCGUGGAAUGCGCCUCACACAAAUGCACUUUGAAUGAUUGACAGAUAUAACUAGAUAUAUGUGAAUGUAUGAAUGUCAGUAAUUGUACUCUCAUGUUCUUUCAUGUACUGUCUUGUUCACUUCAGCUUUAUGGAAUGUAUUGUAUUGUUUUAUACACUUUCUACUUGAUUUUGCACUGUUAUUGCCAGCCAAAUGUUCCCUUUGGAGUAAGAAACUAUUAUUACUAUUAUACUAUUUUACCAAAACUGCUGAGCAUCUUCAGCUUUUCUAAUCUGGUAACUUUUUUAAAUGUUUAAAUGUACGAAUAAGAAUGUUGUCAAGUGAACAGGAAAUUGAUGCUGCAAUGCUUGUUUGAUUUUGUGUAUUAAUAAAUAGGCCACAUAAUAAUGCUUAAUUAAAAAACAUCAAGAAUG